UUCUCAGAUUGGGCUGAACCAUAGUAAACGCGGGGAGGUCGGAGCAACCAGUGAGGUUUCAGCGGGGGGUUGGGGUUCAAUGGUAGCAAUGGGAGGUUGGGGAAGGGUAAAUUGGCUGAAGUGACGUCACCUGGCGUUUAAACGACUCAAUUUGGGGUUAAAACCGGGAUUUUUGGCGUUUUCUCCGUUUCCACCUCCCCUUCAUAGCAAAAUCGCGCGGUCGGGAGAGGCGGGUUUUGAUUGAUAGCGCCUCCAACCAAUGGGGAGCGUUGAGAACCCGGAAGCGCGCUGGGAACUACAAGCGCCGCCAUUUUCAUUGCGGGCAAAAGGCGUGCGCAGCGCCGUGAUUGGCGGAGAGGCCGGAAGCGCUUCGGCCGCCAUCUUGUGUUUUGGCACCGCGGGCGCAGCGGGCGGCCCCGCGCUUCCGCUUCCGCUUGGCGGCUCCGAAGGCGCCGCAGCCGCCACGAUGCUCAUCAAAGUCAAGACGCUGACGGGGAAGGAGAUCGAGAUCGACAUCGAGCCCACGGACAAGGUGGAGCGGAUCAAGGAGCGAGUGGAAGAGAAGGAGGGGAUUCCCCCCCAGCAGCAGCGGCUGAUCUACAGCGGGAAGCAGAUGAACGAUGAGAAGACUGCGGCCGACUACAAAAUCCAGGGCGGCUCCGUCCUCCAUCUUGUGCUGGCGCUGCGGGGAGGCGUGGCCAGGCCCUGAGUGGGCGUGGCCGACGUCAGGCCACGCCCCCUAGGUCACACCCAUUCCCCAUUCCCCCUCAUGAAUCCCUUGUUAUUUAAUAAAGGUUCCUCGAUGACGUCAUA